AUGGCCAGCGAAAAGUAUUACAUCAAGGACGCAAUCACCAAGCCUGCGAUCCACCACGAGUCCUACCAAAAACUAUGGGAGACCAAGUGGAAGAAACCAUGCGAGAUGGGCGUCUAUCCGUUCAUGUUCGGCAGUAUCAAGGACUUUGAACCAGUUGCACAAGAGAUCAUCAAGGCCGGAUUGAAAGAACCUUACAACUGGGAUGAAUAUGCCCCAUACUACUUCCCCAAGGCCGAGGAAUUGAGCCAAAUUGCCGAGCAGGCCGAAAAGGCUGGGGAGAAAGAGAAGGCCUCGGAAUACUAUCUGCGGAGUGCUGCUUUAUACCGAAUCUCUCGAUUCCCCACGCCACGGUCGGAGAAGCAAAAAUAUGCUUGGGAAGUGGGAACUGAGACCUUUUACAAGGGCGCAGCACUCAUGGAGCAUCCCAUCCGAGAAGUGCGGAUUCCUCACAAACAUGCAAUUGAGGGCGAGGGCGAUGUUGUCCCAGUCAAUCUCCUGAUUCCUCCUGGCGCGACGCCUGAAAAGCCAGCCCCAACCGUUCUGAUCAUCACUGGCCUCGAUGGAUAUCGCACCGAAUUGGCGGUCUGGCAACAAGGAUUUUUACAAAAGGGCAUUGCAACCGUGAUCGCCGAAAUCCCCGGUACUGGAGACUCACCGGCCGCGAGACAAGACCCUACGAGUCCAGACCGACAGUGGUCCAGCGUUUUGGACUGGAUCGAUACACAAAAGGCCAUUGACAAUAAGAAAAUCAUCGUCUGGGGAUUCUCAACAGGUGGAUACUACGCCCUGCGAAUUGCGCACACCCACAAGGAUCGGCUACUGGGGAGUGUGAGCUUGGGUGGAGGAGCACAUCACAUGUUCGACCGAGAAUGGCUCGAAAAUGUGAACAAGUUGGAAUAUCCAUUCGAUCUGGCCAACACGCUGACAUACAAGUUCGGCUACCCAGACCUAGAGUCGUUCAUACAAGAGGCGGGCAAAUUCUCGUUGGUCAACGAUGGAACGCUGGACAAGCCAUGCACCAAGGUUCUCCUGGUCAAUGGCAACGACGAUGAAAUCUUCCCGGUUGACGAUUUGUUUGUGGCGCUGGAGCAUGGUCUUCCCAAAGAAGCUCGGCUGGUCAAGGGCAAGAAGCACAUGGGAGAGCCGGACAGCUUCUUCAUCAUUCUCAAAUGGAUCUAUGCGCAGUUUGGCAUUGAGGGUAACAUCAUGGAUCAGAUGAAGACUCUGCCCAGCAGAACCAAGUAUUGA